AUGGCUAUCGCAACAGCACUCGCGGCAAUACACGACUUCAUCCUGCAAUCUCCACUGCAGUUCCUUGGAAUAUCAACCCUCGUGGCACCUCUCCUGUACAUCAUCUUGAACGAGUUCAUUCGUGCAUCGGCCCGCGUCAAAGGUCUCACAGGUCCAACCGGCCUGCCUCUCAUUGGGAAUCUGGCUCAGAUCCGUGUCAAUGCGGCAGAACAGUACCGGGAAUGGGCCAGGAAGUUUGGCCCCGUGUAUCAGAUUCAGUUGGGCAAUAUUCCUGUCGUGGUGGUGAAUUCGGCUGCGUCGGCCAAAGUGCUUUUUGGCCAGAAUGCCCAGGCGUUGAGCUCGCGACCCGAGUUUUAUACUUUUCAUAAGAUUGUUUCGAAUACAGCAGGCACCACAAUCGGGACUUCGCCGUAUAGCGAGUCCUUGAAACGACGUCGCAAGGGUGCCGCAUCCGCGUUGAAUCGACCCUCCGUCGAGACGUACGUUCCCCAUCUCGAUCUCGAAUCCCGAUCUUUCAUCGACGAGCUCUACCGCUACGGCAAAGGCGGGAAGACUCCCAUCGACCCGAUGCCCAUGAUUCAACGACUGAGUCUGAGUCUUGCACUGACGCUGAACUGGGGCAUCCGCAUCGCUUCCCAGGAGGAAGAUCUUUUUGACGAGAUCACCGAGGUCGAGGAAGAAAUCAGUCGAUUCCGAAGUACCACGGGCAAUUUGCAGGAUUAUAUCCCGCUUCUGCGCCUGAAUCCGAUGAGUCGCAAUUCCCAAAAGGCGGCGGAGAUGCGAGCCCGUCGGGAUAAGUAUCUCAGUUCCUUGAACAAGGACUUGGAAGAUCGCAUGAGUAAGGGGAUUCACAAGCCGUGUAUUCAGGCGAAUGUCAUUCUGGACAAGGAGGCCAGGCUGAAUGCGGAGGAGUUGACUUCGAUCAGUCUGACCAUGUUGUCGGGUGGGUUGGAUACGGUGACGACACUGGUGGCGUGGAGUAUCGGGUUGCUUUCAUCGCGGCCGGAUAUUCAGAAGAACGCGGCAGAGGCAAUUCGCGAAUUUCAUGGCCGAGAUCAACCGCUAUGUGCCGCUGAUGAUGAUCAAAAGUGUGCUUAUGUCGUUGCGCUGGUGAAGGAGUGUCUUCGCUAUUUCACGGUCCUUCGACUGGCACUGCCUCGCACGUCCAUCAGGGACGUGACGUACGAGGGCGUCCUUAUCCCCAAGGGAACGGUCUUUUUCCUGAAUGCAUGGGCUUGCAACAUGGGUGAGUUUUUCCCCUCCAAGUGCGCGAGUCGGGUUCAUCGUUCGUUUGGCAUGAGAAGAAAAUUGGCUGACACGGAAAUGUGUGGUGAAGAUUCCGAGGUGUGGACAGACCCAGAGGUAUUCCGACCAGAGCGUUGGCUUGAACAGCCCGAUGCGCCGUUGUUCACGUAUGGACUCGGAUAUCGCAUGUGCGCGGGCUCUCUGCUGGCCAACCGCGAGCUCUAUCUCGUUUUCAUGCGCACGUUGAACAGCUUCCGCAUUGAACCUCAUGACCAAAUGGACUGGGAUCCCGUGCGAGGAAACUCGGACCCUACGAGCUUGGUGGCUAUCCCCCAGAGGUAUAAGGUGCGCUUUGUACCGAAAGAUGUUGCAGCACUGGAAACGGCUCUCAAGGAAUCAUCUGUCGUGCGGUGA